GGGGCGGGGCCACCGGGCGCCGCGCUCUGACUCCGUCUCCGGGCGCCGCCGCCGCCGCUUCCGAGUAAACACCGCGGGCGGGGGCUUCCCCCCCCGCCAUGGCCGGCCGAGGCGCCUUCCCGCUCAGCCCGCUGCCCCCCACCGCCGCCCCGCCGCCCCCGGGGCCCGGGCCCGCCAUCAUGCGGGGCCCCAGCCCGGCUCCCGCCGCCGCCACCGCCCCGGGAUACCGCCCCAUGGGCCCGGCCGCCGCGCAGUACCAGCGCCCGGGGAUGCCUCCCGGCAGCCGGAUGCCCAUGGCGGGGCUGCAGGUGGGACCACCGGGAGCCCCCCCGUACGGAGCAGCGUCCCCGCUGAGACCCGGCCUGCCGCAGUCCAUGAUGGAUCCCUUCAGGAAGCGCCUGCUGACCCCCCAGGCCCAGCCGCCGCUGCCCGCCCAGAGAAGAGGGGUGAAAAGGAGGAAGAUGGCUGACAAGGUCCUGCCGCAGAGGAUCCGGGAACUGGUCCCAGAAUCCCAGGCCUACAUGGACCUCCUCGCCUUCGAGCGCAAGCUGGACCAAACCAUCGCUCGGAAGAGGAUGGAGAUUCAGGAGGCCAUAAAGAAACCACUGACGCAAAAGCGGAAGCUCAGGAUUUACAUCUCCAACACUUUUACCCCGGCCAAAGAAGAAGGGGAGGGCGGAGAACGCGUGGCCUCCUGGGAGCUACGCGUGGAGGGCAAACUGCUGGAGGACCCCAGCAAGCAGAAGAGGAAAUUCUCCUCCUUUUUCAAGAGCCUCGUCAUCGAGCUGGACAAAGAGCUGUAUGGGCCAGACAACCAUCUGGUGGAGUGGCACCGGCUGCCCACAACCCAAGAGACCGACGGCUUCCAAGUGAAGCGUCCCGGCGACGUCAAUGUGAAGUGUACGCUGCUGCUCAUGCUGGAUCACCAGCCCCCACAGUACAAACUGGACCCCCGCCUGGCUCGCCUGCUGGGGGUGCACACCCAGACCCGCGCCAGCAUCAUGCAGGCGCUCUGGCUCUACAUCAAGCACAACAAGCUGCAGGACAGUCACGAGAAGGAGUACAUCAACUGCAACCGCUACUUCCGCCAGAUCUUUAACUGCGUCCGCAUGCGCUUCUCGGAGAUCCCCAUGAAGCUGGCGGGGCUGCUGCAGCACCCGGAUCCCAUCAUCAUCAACCACACCAUCAGCGUGGACCCCAACGACCAGAAGAAGACGGCCUGCUACGACAUCGAUGUGGAGGUGGACGAUCCCCUGAAAGCUCAGAUGAGCAACUUCCUGGCUUCCACCACCAACCAGCAAGAGAUCGCCUCCCUGGACGCCAAGAUUCACGAGACCAUCGAAUCCAUCAACCAGCUGAAGACACAGCGCGAUUUCAUGCUGAGCUUCAGCAACAACCCACAGGAUUUCAUCCAGGAAUGGAUCAAAUCCCAGAGGAGGGACCUCAAGAUCAUAACGGAUGUGAUCGGGAACCCCGAGGAGGAGCGACGAGCCGAGUUCUACCAGCAGCCCUGGGCGCAGGAGGCUGUGGGCAGACACAUCUUCGCCAAGGUCCAGCAGCGUCGGCAGGAACUGGAACAAGUGCUGGGGAUCCGCCUCACCUAAAGGGGCUUGGGGGAGCUCCUUGCGCCGCGCCUGAGCCCGACGGUACUUGCGACUGGAAUCAAACACAACAGCACUUGCACAAACCCCAUGUGCCUGGUGGGGGUUCGGGGCUACCCGCACCCCUGGGCUCCCCCCUUGCCGCAGGCAGAGUGCGGAGGGUCCCCUGCUUUCCCCCCCAAAAAAUCCCACUGCUGCGUUAACACCUGUUGCUUUAGCAUCGCGCCCUUCGCAUCCCUUCCCUCUGGCCAAAACCCCCGAGCGGGAGGUGCUGCCUGUCCCCCCCCAGCAGCCCAGGGCCCUGCCCCUCUUUUCUUCAACCAAAGUUUUUCGUCAUUCCAAACACCAGCCCCGACCCCCCCGCACUGGUGCCCGACGUUUUGCACUAUUUUUGUGACCAGGUUUUAUAAAAAGAAAAAAAAAAAAAAACAAGAAAAAAAAGUAAGCAUUUUGUACAGUGGGUUUGUACCUGAUUAAUAUAUAGAGUUCCUGGAUCUAUGCAGUGGUUCGUGCUGUUCGCAGAGGGCUGGCUCGGCCCUCACUCUCCUUUUUUAAUAUGUAACCAAGGGUUUUAGCAUUAAGUUUUUGACAAUCAGUUGAUGACUCCACCCCCCGCUACUGUUUUUACUAAUUAGUGACUCAUGAGACACAAAGUCAGGGGGUGGAGCGGGGGGAGGGGCUCAGCACACCCCCCCCCAGUCAGAACUGGAGAUACGGGGGAGCGAGGGGACCCCAGCGCUGGGCUGAGGGGACGGGGCCACCACCCACUCAAGUGCCUUAACCCCGCGGGUCCCCCCGCUCCAGGGGGGCAGGAGGGGAAGGGGGGGCCGUUUACAUAUUCCCAGGGUGUCCGGCUCAGGUGCCUGCUCUGCCUCUUGUGUAACCAUUUGGGUUUUUGUCUAUUUUGGAUAUUUUCUAAUAAAACCAGUUAGCAGCA